AUGCCUCGCUGCAUCUUGAUCGUCGGUGGAGGGAUCGCCGGGCUCACGGCGAGCAUUGCUCUAGCCAAGGAUCUGGCGGAGUCUGAGCCAGACCUGCGGAUUUCAGUCUACGAGAGUCGACUGGAACAGUCAAUAGGCGAAGGUGGGGCCAUCAGCCUCACCCCUGUCGCUCAGCACUACCUCAAUCAACUGGGUAUUCUGCAGGAACUCGACCGGCAGGGCGAAGAUUCAGGCAUUGAAGUGGACGAGAUCAACAUCUUCUCCCUGCUCUCUGGGCGAUCUAUGGGACCGCUGAAAUUUGCCGACGAAAAUGGUUGCAGUUAUGGGGGAUACAAAAGCCGCCGCGUGUUGCGCAAUGCUCUCUUCCGCGCAUUUUUGGCUGUGACGCGAAAGUAUACGCAGAUAUCUGUGGUGUUUAAGAAGAAACUGGCCAGCGCUAGCACAACAGGAGAAAAAGUCACCCUGCAGUUCAACGAUGGCACCACAGCCAUAGGGGACUUGCUGCUGGGAUGUGAUGGUGUCCACUCUGCCGUCCGCACGCAGCUCAUUGACCCAGACAAUCACUCUGAAUACUCUGGGGUUUCCUUCAUCCAGAGCCUGGCCACUACUGAUCGGGCAACACUCCCCACACACUUUGACCAGACAGCGAUCCAUCUUACCAGGCACGGAUCGCUGCUAACCAGCUACUGCAAUGCCAGCCACCAGACCAUGUUCGUGGCGGCCAUCAUGCCAGUAAAUGACUUCAUCGUUGAGCGAUACCGAACGCUCGCAGGCUCUGUCCAGGAUGAUGCAACGCUGAAUUCAGCGCAGAUGGCACUUCGCUACCAGGUGCGUAGCAAGUUCGGUGUGUCUGCCUUUCCGUGGAUCCGGGAGUGGAUCGAUAAGACAUUUGAUUGGGUUCUAUAUCCCAUCUACCAGGUGGAGCAACGGGGAAAAUGGUUUGUCGAUCGGGCUUUGCUGCUGGGGGACGCUGCACAUGCAAUGCCGCCGCGCGAGGAAUCCGCCGCAUACGCCAUCGAGGACGCGGUGACCUUUGCUCAAAUUCUGGCUCGUGGAGGAGAUCGCUCCCUCUCUGAUCUGUUUCUGGAGUAUGAAAAUGCGCGACGAGAGCUGGUUAACAAGGCCUUUGACGCUACUCGGAGACUAUGGCAGAGCGACCUGGAUAAAGGCCUCUUCCCUGCUCAUUUCCGGGAACGCAUGUCGCCGAUUCAGCUGCUACCGAAUAACUUGCAGGAAGAAAAGACCGGCGAUCCAGAACGAAAGCCGGUUUGUCCCGCGCCGAUGCAUGAGAGCAUGUCGGACCUGUCAGUGUACAUGCUGACCACUGGGCUCGAAGGAGCGAUAGAAGCUGACGAGGCCGGAAGAACGAAAGCACGCGUGUAG